CCCGACCUCGCCACCGCCACAAACGCUGUCCAGCUCCUCGCACUCUGACACUCCCUCAAUCUCCCUCCUUCCCGUCCACGUCGCUCGCCGUUCCGCCUCCCGCAUUCCGUCCAACACCCCCGCCGCCACUACCAUGGCGACCAUCCUCCUAUCCUCCCGCCUCCCAACCACCGGUACAGCCACGCCGUCGCCCACCCGCCCCGCUCCGCGGUUCCUCUCCUUCCCCGGGACCGCCAUCCGACGCCGCGGCCGGGGCCCGCUCCUCGCCUCCUCCGCGGUCUCACCGCCCGCGCCGGCUUCGGCGGCGCAGCCCUACCGCGCGCUGCCGGCCUCGGAGACCACGGUCCUCGUCACGGGCGCCACGGGCUACAUCGGCCGCUACGUCGUCCGGGAGCUCCUCCGCCGGGGCCACCGCGUGCUCGCCGUGGCGCGGUCCCGGAGCGGCAUCCGCGGCCGCAACUCCCCCGAUGAUGUCGUCGCGGACCUCGCCCCCGCCCAGGUCGUCUUCUCCGACGUCACCGACCCGGCCGCGCUGCUCGCGGACCUCGCCCCGCACGGGCCCGUCCACGCCGCGGUCUGCUGCCUUGCCAGCCGCGGCGGCGGCGUGCAGGACUCGUGGCGCGUCGACUACCGCGCCACGCUGCACACGCUCCAGGCCGCGCGCGGGCUCGGGGCCGCCCACUUCGUGCUUCUCUCCGCCAUCUGCGUCCAGAAGCCGCUCCUCGAGUUCCAACGCGCCAAGCUCAAGUUCGAGGAGGAGCUGGCCGCGGAGGCCGCGCGGGACCCCUCCUUCACCUACAGCGUCGUGCGCCCCACGGCGUUCUUCAAGAGCCUCGGCGGCCAGGUCGACAUCGUCAAGAACGGCCAACCGUACGUCAUGUUCGGCGACGGCAAGCUCUGCGCUUGCAAGCCCAUCAGCGAGGAGGACCUCGCCGCCUUCAUCGCCGACUGCAUAUACGACCAGGACAAGGCCAACAAGGUGCUGCCCAUUGGCGGGCCGGGGAAGGCGCUCACGCCGCUGGAGCAGGGGGAGAUGCUGUUUCGGCUGCUCGGGCGCGAGCCCAAGUUCAUCAAGGUGCCCAUACAGAUCAUGGACGCCGUUAUCUGGGUGCUCGAUGGAUUGGCCAAGCUGUUCCCGGGGUUGGAGGACGCCGCCGAGUUCGGCAAGAUUGGCAGGUACUAUGCCUCGGAGAGCAUGCUGUUGCUGGACCCGGAGACCGGGGAGUACAGCGACGAGAAGACGCCCAGCUACGGCAAGGACACGCUCGAGCAGUUCUUCCAAAGAGUGAUAAGGGAAGGGAUGGCGGGGCAGGAGCUUGGCGAGCAGACCAUCUUCUAGGCCUUCUCCAUUACCAGUUUCCGGGAGAAAGAAACUUGUAGUAGAUUAUAUGCCGACAAUGUACUUGUAGAGAUGUGAGCUUUUUGACUUGCUGAUGAUGUAAACACGACUCGCGAUUCAAUCAUACCAAAGUAUGAUGAUUGUCUAAUUUGGAGGAAGAGAAAUGUUUUGACUUGUUGCUUCAAAGAAGCUGAUAUCUUGUCUGCACAUAAUACAUGUUUUCGCCCACA